AAGCCAAUCCGUCUCCCAAGGUCUCCACUGAGACUCCUUCAGUUCCAGCAAAAGGGAAAUUAUUUUUAUCACUUGAGUAUUCUUGCUGCUAAAUUUAAGUCACCUUUAAUCUUAAAUUCUUCAAUCGUGAUAAAAUUGUAUUGGUGUAUGGUUCAUAAACUUCUUGGAGAUUUAAAGGUUAAGGCCAAAGUUGGUAAAACAUCCCUGGGGCUCCAUGCGAGUCAUUAAAUAAAUAAUACCCGCAAGUUGCAAAACAGAGAGAGCAUGACUGUUAAUGUUUGAGGUCUGUGAAUCCAAGUUGACUGCAGGGAUACUCAGUCUGACUAAUUCAUAGAAAGAAGUGGGAAAGAUAUGGGUCCAUAAAGGGAGAUAUGGAACAAGCUGUUGCCUGUUGUCCUGCCCAUCCCAGCCUACAAUUUGUCUGUGGUGUCCUUAGAAAAGCUCUUUGGUUUUUCUAAUGGUGAUUUUAUGAAUUUUUGUAGAUUAUAUCCUUCACAUUUGAGGUACACCUAUGAUGAAAAUGAUUGGCAUCUCCAGUCUUUGUAAGUUGGAAAACUUAAAAAAUUGGUGAUAUAUCAAAUACCUGUUUACUGUAUGUCAUAAUAAUGCCUUACAGAAAUGAUGAAAAUCACCAACUGUUUCUCAUCAUAGGGGGGGACAGUUGGAUUGAGUCAUUAACAAAGAUAUAAAAUAUCAUUUUACUGCUGUACCCAGUAUUAUUGGGAAGUUGAGUGGAAAACAUUGUAAAAAUGGUAAACAAACAACAGAGGUAACUGGAACUUUCAGAGGAAUGAUAAUUCAAGACUCUGAAGUAGAUUCACAAGAUGUGAACUGAGGACAGACUCUGUGCUUGGAGUCUGAAUCAGAAGCAUUUUGACUGGGCUAAAAGGAAAAAGGAGUGGAUUGUUGCUCAGUGCUCUAAAAUCCUCUUUUCUGACAGAAGGAAAUGUUGUUUCAUUUAAAGACUAAUGAUCCAGUGCAUAUAGAAACAUGGGAGUUGAAUAUGAUGUUGAGGUUUAAAGAAAAGUUUCCACAGUAAAUAUUGAUUUUCUCAUCUUAUCGAAGCUUCGGAUUCAGUCAGGAAAUUCACUGGGAGUGUUGUUGAUAUAAUUACCCUCCAAUGUAUGUCCAAGUGGGAAUCCUGGAGGCAGAAGAUGGGAUGCAGGUUUGUGAGCUUGGGAAACUGGUGACACUGGGAGGAUGGGUUAUCUUCAUCCUCAAUGCAGCCACUGCUGCUACCAGUAGUUCCUGCUGUGGAAUGCAUGGGAACUGCACAGCGUUUUGGAGGUGUUAAGGCUCGACUUGUGUUGUUUGGCACUCUGUGACAAGACGCAGCUGUGGUUCCAGCAUGAUGCUGAACUCUGACCUCGUUGGCCCUGAGCUUUUUCCGGGUCUCGACCUGCUGCUUGUGUGGAGAAGGAGCUGUGUUUUUGUUUCAUCAGGGCCUGUAGAUUGAAUUUCCAUGUUCAAGGUUGGGAAUGUGUUGCUUCAAUGCCUGAAAACUAACAAUAACUUCCUGAUUUCUCCAGGCAGGCUCAGUGGGAAACACUGUAGUCUAGUUAAGAGGUGGCCAGUCAAAAUAAAGACAGUAUUCUAUUUUCAAAAAAUGAGUGCAUUUUUAAAAGAACAUGCACAAAUAAAAGGCAAUGCAAGUGGCAAUGAAAACAAUGAUCAAAUUAGACUCAACCCUCACCUGGUCAGAUUGUACCUGAGUGCCAGGUGACACUUUAAGAAGCUGGUGGCACAUUUUACAGUAUUUAUUAGAAUCAAUUCUGACAACUGGGAUUUCAUCAGUUUUUGCAUUUAUCACCUAAAAUGUUCAGAUCAGAGAUAACCUGGGUACAUCAAAAAUAUAAUUUUAAAAGGCUGAUUUUACAGCAAAAUCAUCAAACCAAUAUUAUCUCUAUGUGGAAGACAUACUGUUGCAAGUCUGCUUCUGAAUGGCUGAAAAUGAAAAAAAAAAACAGAAUUUCAUAAGGCCUACUCGAAGUCCGGACUUUAAUCCAACCCUUAAACAUGUUAUUUAUCCAGCACUAUUCCAACUUUUGAUAAAUACAAAUAAGCAGCAUUUAUUGCAUUUCUUUGGUGUGGAGUGCUUCAACAGCAAACCUUUCUUAUUGAAUUUAACAUCUAGCAGCCUAGACAUUUGUAGCUGAAUGUCAGUGAUGAUCAUUUCCGACUAAUGAGUUGUCUGAGACAAAAGUCCUUAAUGAAUCAUUUAUGAGGAGCAGAAGAUGAGUGUUGAAAAAAUUUGAAAGGAGUCGUUUGGUAAAAAUCUUCUUGCACUUUAAGUCACUGAACCACAAUAAAUCAGCUGCUUAUAAAAAAUCAGAGGGUCAAGCAGUGAUGAGUGUCUGAGACACUGUUUGUUCAUCUGACUCUUAGGUAUUCGCCGCUCCAGCAAACCAUCAGGGUGACGGUUUCUACAGACACUAAAAGCUGAAUGAUAAUGGUGUUAUGUAAACAGUAGUGUCAAUGUUGAGCUCCCAUUAUGUAAGCUAAUGCUAUACUGGAAAACAAACUGGAUGUGUGAAGCAAAUGCCAGUUCAGCCUGUUUCCUGUGGCAUCUUAUUUUUAUCCAGAGAAACAGGCCACCAUAGAUAUUUUAAUGCUCACAUUUGUUAUGCAAAAAUAAGUUACAGACUUUUUGUUAUUAUCAGGUGGUUGUGGUCUUUAUUUCAUUAUUGGUACUGAAACAUUUCAACAUUUAUAGCUAUGCAGUGUUGUUGAUGUGAUUGUACCAAAACUGGGACGUUACUAACAUUGUGAGAUUAACAGUAUCAUAAUCCAGUAGAUUCAUCCGUUCAUCCAUUGUCUGUAACCAUAUCUGCAUAUGUAAUCAGUUAUAUUAAAUGUUGGUAAAUGUGGGAGAAAUGAUGAAGGUGGAAUAGGAGAAAUGGGAUCCUGCAACAGCAAAACAUAUCAGCCUUGUGAGAGACGGCCCGGUUCAAAGUGAGAGGAGUCGACUGCAGAAUGAGUUAUAGAUGUCAAGACUGUGCACACAAGAUGUCUAGUGAUGUCAAGGCUUAGCUUCACUGCCUGAGAACAGUAGUCUGAUUGUUUAUGUUCUCAGCUGGCUGCAUAUUUUUCUCAUCCUCAAAAAAGCUCUAUUAAAUGUUCCACUGGGUUAAAUAAUCAGAGCUUAAACUCUGCAGAUUCCACAUUGGUGCUUUUCAGUGACAGGAUUAAGAGUUCAGUGCGAUAUUUCUAGGAAUAGGUCAUUCUACAUAAACUCUUGGUCAUUUAUUGGUGCAUUUUCUUCAUAAACCGCAAAAAAAAAAAAAAACCCAAACAAAACUGUUUUUAUUGCUUAGUUCCAGAUCCUCUUUUUAUCAUCGACUGGUUUUCACUUCAACUCUGGGAUUUAUAAAUAGAUUCAUGUUCUCCUGCCUUCUAUGCAUAGUCACCCCCUUUUGCUUUGGAUUGUGACAGCACAGAAAGUGGUGACAUUCAUCAACCAUGGUUUAAUAAAAGUUGUUAUGUGCCACUGUGUGAAAUUUAGCUGCAUGGACACACAGUUGCCUUGCAGCAAUCCUAGCCUGAGGUCUUUCUAUAGGCUUUCUCUAAAAGUCCAAAACAGACUGGUCUUUGUAAAUGAUUGUGUCUCUGUGAUGAUGCCCAUUGUACUGCAAAAGCUAAAGUUUACAGUCUUCCUUACAGCCAAUCAAUGCCAAGAAAGUAGAAGAAUUUCAGCUUCCCAAUCUGUAAAUAUUAUGUUUCUAUGAAAAGCAUCUGUGAAUUUUCCACAAAUACUGAGCUGUGAGUAGGAGGGUUAUCUGUAUUGAGUUUUUAAAGUUGUCUGUUCUGUAGUGCAUCAAGUUUGCCUGAGUAAAAAUCAACUCAAAUGGAGUAUAAAAGAAAUUUUUUCUUUCAGAAUUGCAUGAUAAUGCUUUGUUUUCCUGUUUCUGACUGGCAAAAGAUGAUUAAUGCCAACAUAGUUACUAGGAUUAAAGAAACAACAAAGAUUUGGGUCUAUCCACACCAUCUGGAGUGAUUUAUUCAUCUAAAUUUCACAGUUAGGUCUGGGAAGGAGCCAAACUGAAACAAGACCUUGACGAUACAUUUCAAUCUGCAACAUUGUCUGGAUUUGCUGCUGGAGUAGAAAAGGUGUUCAAAGCAUGCAGAGUCUGAGGCCCAAAGGCAACCAUCCAUUUCUCGUGCAUUAAAGAAAUGUUUCUCCCUCAGGAUGCAACAUUCACAGCUUCAUUUACUUUCCCUUACAUACACCGAUGGCAGCCCAAGUUCCCUGUGACUGUGUGUAGGCUUCCCCUUAUUCCCAGAGACCCACAUCUGCGUCCUCUGAGGAGUUUUUCUUUAAAUAUCCCUUCACAGCACAAUUUUUUUAAAGGGACAUUGAGUCAUUGUCGAAAACUGUCAGUCUUGGGACAAACUUCUGGGCAGCUUCUGGGAUUUACUCAGACGAUCAAACUUCUCACAGCUUGCACCAGGAAACCGUGGCAUGCUCUGCUGGAAGGUGAAAUGCUUUUUUUCUGCUUCUGCUGGCUUUCAAAUUAGGUCAAGGUAACGUGUCUUGACACGACUCCUACUUCGACUAGUCAAGGCUUCACAAGUUUCCAGUUGGGCAUUCAGAAAUCCAAGCAGUUUGAAGUUUUGUUUUAUAUGCAACCAGCUUUUGUUUAACCCCUCUAACAGAAGCAGAACUAUGAAUGAGAUGUUGCAAACUGGUUCUGGAGUUUUUAAUCCUUAUUGGUCCAAAAAGUGGAAAAGUAUGAGACGCCCCAUGGCCCAAAACUUACAAACCCUCUCACAUGUAUUAUCAAACCCUUAAACAUACAAUCAAACCGUCUUACACAUGCUACCAAUGACUUCAGGAUGACACAGGGACAUCUCUACAAGACCAAUUUUAACUGAGGCUGCACAUACUGUAUGUGCUUUACAGAAUUUUUUGCCCACACAAUAUAUUUAAUUUUUUUUCAGAUACAUAAUGUCAUUUUGCAAAUUAAUUAACACAAAGCUUUAACCUCUUAUAGCCGCCGGAGAGAAACUUAAAAUGUGAAUCAAACAUAAACUGGAAGUGAACCUUUAAAAUAAAAGCGCACUUCCUGUCCAAGCCUGGGGUCCAAGCAGAAACUGAAAUUUUAAGUUAACUUCCGUUGUACACUGUAUAUGUAAGAGAGAUUGUAUGUUUGGGUCCAUGUUGCCUCUCAUGGAAAAGCAGCUGAUGACUCAACUCCUCAGUCAAGGAGGAGCCACAGAUUCAGGAGAGUAAAAACUCAGAGUUGACGCCGCUCAUUUGACCUGAACUUCAAGCACAGAUCCUGUCGCACAGAGUAGGACUGAAACUUUUUUAAAGGCAACUUUUUUUUUUACACACAGCAGGACUGAAAUCAGAGCUCUGAAGCAUAAUAAAGGCAAAGAAGAAACUUUUUCAACAGGAUUUCUCUGAUCUAGCAGCUGAUCUCAACAUUUUAUGGAACAAUUUGUUCUUCAGUUUUAGGGAAUAACUGUUUUCUACAUCUCUGCUAUUUCUUUUUUGCAGAUAUGACUUUAAAUACUACAUCAAACAGCACCACUGACUGUCCUGUUGCUAACAAUGAUCUGUAUAAGUUCUACGCAGCUGUGAUGAUUGUGAUUUUUAUCUUGGCUUUGCCUCUGAACACAUCAGUCCUCCACCUCUUCAUAUUCAAGCUCAAGUUCUGGAAAUCCAACAGCAACAACAUUUUUCUCUUCAACCUUGUGCUGGCAGACAUUCUGCUGCUGAUCUGUUUGCCAAUCAAGGCUCAUAACUUCAUUGAUGGAAAUAGGAGGAGCCAGCAGGACGUCAUCUGCAAAGCGAUGCUGUUUAUGUUGUUUUUAAAUCGUGGCGCCAGCAUCGUCUUCCUAACGGUGACCUCUGUAGAUCGAUAUUAUAACGUGGUGCACCCAGGCAGAAAAAACCUCCUGAAGGCUCUGAAGAAAUCUCCCUACAUCUCAAUCUUCAUCUGGGUGUUGCUUCUGCCUCUCACCAUUCCCACCAUGUUGAGGGGCUUCGACUGCUGCAACAGCCUCGACAACGAUAACACAAACAACACGGAAAAUAAGAUUUCUUGGAGGGAGCCUGAGGACGUAGCCAGAGAAGUGGUUUUCUUCACCCAGAUCGUCAUCCCCUUCAUCGUCCUGGUCUACUGCACCGUUCGCAUUGUCAAUCGAUUGAAGAAGAAAACCGUUGGGGAUAAGACGAAGCUAAGGAGAGCGGUCCUCGUCGUGACCACCGUCAUGGUUGUUUUCUCCUUCUGUUUUCUGCCGUGCGCCAUCGCCAGGAUGGUGCUGCUGAUCUGUAGGGUCAAUGCAGAACUGGAAAACUUUGAGACAACUGCAGAAGCCGUAUUUGAUGGCCUCAUGGUCCUCUCCUACCUGGACUGUCUGCUGGAUCCGCUGGUUUACUGCUUCUGUAGCACCAAGUUUAAAGCACUUUAUGUCUCCAAUUACUUAUCUUUUUGCGUGAAAAAAUCCCCGGAGCAACUCAGCAACUCAACGGGAAACGCAACACAACCGGCGCGCAACAAAGUCAUUUAAAAAAGUGACUUCAAGUUCUGCUGGGUGUUUAUGAGCCGAUAGCUGCUGUGCAACAACCAGACUGACUGUGCCUCAGAUAUGAGGCCCAAGAGAGGCUUUAUGUUAAAUUAUGCUAUGAAGAUCAAAAAUAUGAGGAAUAUUGAAAUUCAUUUUAUAUCUUAGAUGUGAAAGGAAGUGCUAAUGUGGUUAUAACUCUUAUUUAAAGCUUCUACUGAUGUUGACUUAAGAAGUUCAGUAAGAUAUUUAUUUUUUUAUAUUGCCAGUACUUUUUCAAGGGAGUUGUGAGUAAAGUAUGCACACCUGUUUUUCCUUUUCUUCUUGGACUGUGAGAUGAGUUACAAAACUCCUUCCUGCUAGAGGAAUCCUCUGUUCAAAUCUGUAGCAGAAAUUGUUGAGAGAAUAUUUUUUAUCCUGAAAAUCUAAAUGCAAGGGUGCUUUGAGUAGCAAACCAUACUUAUGCAGCGUGGCUGUAGUGAUUGUUUUAGUAAAGAAAAGUAAUUUUGUAAUCCAAGUUAAGUUUGUGAUUUACCUCUCUUUCUGACAUUUACAUUCGUUUUUAUGAGAUUUGAAGGUCACUUUGUGUCAUUUUGCUGGGAUCUGCUUCACUGUUUUAUUUUUCCAGAUUUUAACAUGAGCACAAAAUAUGACUAUAAACUUCCCUGAAUUAGACCAGAAGUACCGACUCUUCCUUCUUACCUAGAAAGGUGCCGUAUCCCCCUGUGACUGAGCAAACCCAGCCGAAUAAACUCCAUCUUUUUAAUGAUAUCAUUUUAGUAAUACAGGUGAGAAAGGAUGAGUAAGUUGCUCUGUGUCUGUUUAAAAAUAAACUAAAACUCCUCUAGAUAAUCUGUAACCUGCUGCGUCUGACGCUGACAUCCAUGAGGCUCAGCCUUUAUGGAAUAUUACCCAGGAUAAACUUUCAACCUCAGGGUCGAAACAUGAAUCAACCAGCAACGGUUUUAGUUCCCUAAAGGUCACACCUGCACUCUUAGAGUGAGGAACCAUAAAAAGAGUAAAUAUUGACAAAGAAUCGGAUAAUUUCUCAUAACAGUUUGCCGGUAUGUGAUACUAUCCCAAAGUUUACAAGCACAUAAAAUGUCAACAUAAUGGAGCCGUGUCUUCUUUACUUGCUCACUUCUCUCAAAUUUCACCUCUUUACUGUGUUAAUAAUGUAUAUUUUUUGUAAGAAUGUGUCUUUAUGUGUUCUAAAAUAAACUGUUAAAUUUAUUCUGGGUUGAGUCUGCAGUGAAAAGUAAUCCCAUAUCACCAUGUUGCCACCACCGUGUUUGGUUGCAGUAUAUUUUCCUGCUUUUGGACCAAACAAACCUUUAAACUGUGGCCUGAAAGGUAAAUGUUGUGCUUUCUCAGUGCGAUCUGUCACUGCGUUUAUCACGUCGUAAAAUGAACAGUAAAUGUCUUCUGCACUGAUAUGUGACAAACACUUGGACGUCAUACAAACAAAAACUGACUUUUGUUUACAAGAGGCAUUGUGUAAUAUAAUAUAUUUGUGUAAAUACUUCUGUGCUGUAAAUAAAGGUGUAGUGUGUGAUUUUUCAAAUACAACAUAUUUAAAUAUAACAUA